CCUUUAACGAAUUCGAAGAGACCAUCACUUGAAAAAAAAGCUUGAAUCUUUGACUUCGUUUUCAUCAAUUCUAAACUCACAGAUUGUGAAAAUCCAAAUGGGUAAGCAUUUUCAAACUUUGUCUCUGCUUCUCUUUACAGUCUGCGUUUGCGUUGCCUUGAUCAUCCCGAGGCUUAACCUUAAAGAAGCAAUCCUCUCUGUCUACUCCGGCUCUGAGUUUCCUAUUGAUAUCCAUGGAGUGAAGAUCUUGCGUCAAGCUUCUGAUGCCAAACUUGCUCAGCUAGGGGUCUCUUCUUGGCCCAAGUGGGAAGGAGCUCCAAGCAAGUUUCCGUGGGAGUUUAAGAAGACAGAGACGAUGUUUUUCGUAGAAGGGAAGGUGAAAGUGAAUGUAGACGGAUACGACAAGAAAGAUGAGACCUUUGAGAUAGGGAAAGGAGAUGUGGUUGUUUUCCCUAAAGACAUGAAAGUUGUUUGGGAGAUAACUGAAGCUGUCAAGAAACGUUAUAGCUUAGAAGAGUAGUGAAUCUGAGUCACAUUGAUGUUUGUUUUGUUGUAUCUCUCUUUGAACUAAGCCUUUAUAUGGUAUUGCAAUGUUGAUGGGGAUUAUGCUUAUAACUGGUUUCAGGUUUUGAAACUUUUGGAGAUGUUAUUAGGUGACAGUUCUAAUGUGUAAAUAAUGGAAAGGGAUCUAGUUAUCAUUGUGUUGCAGAUAGUGAGAACAUUGCUUGAACUUGAA